UCCAUUUACGCGAUUUCGUAUAUAUUGUCGGCCGGCAACAAGUCGGAAUUUCGCGGUUAUUUUUAACCCGUGUGGAAAGUGCCUCAGUUUUCAACAACACGACAAUUUUUUUCUUUGCACACAUAUUUACGUUAAUAAACGCAGUGUCAUUAGAAUGAAGUAACAAAUUUCUUGACGAAAAUACUUAUCAACAGUUUGUAGAAAUGUCCGGUGAGAAUGGUUAUCUUGCCGAACCCAGAGGUUUCGCAACAGCUGCCAUUCAUGCCUUUCAAGAGCCAGAACAAUGGGGUUCGAUGGCUGUGGUAGCGCCCAUGGUGGCUUCCACGACUUUCAAACAAUAUGGGCCCGGGAAUUUUAAGGAAUUUGAAUAUGGACGUUCUGGAAACCCCAACCGAGACGUUUUAGAAAAGUGCUUAGCCACUCUGGACAACGCAAAAUAUGGACUUUGUUGGUCCUCCGGCCUGGGUGCUACCAUGGGAAUAGCCAGUCUUUUCAAAGCCGGGGAUCAUAUUAUAUGUGGGGACAACCUUUUUGCAGGCACAAGUUGCCUCUUCGGCAAAAUUUGCACGAAACUCGGACUCGAAAUUUCGUUUGUUAACGAAAGUAAGAUCGAAAGCGCCAUAAAAGAAAACACCAAACUAAUUUGGAUUGAAAGCCUGACAAAUCCGACUCUCACAGUAGUCGACAUUCCCGCAAUAGCAGCCAUUGCCCACAAACACAAUGUGUUACUGGCUGUUGACAGUACUUUCGUAACGUGUUAUUUUCAACGACCUAUUGACUUGGGAGCCGAUCUCGUAGUACACUCCCUUACAAAAUUCAUGAACGGCCAUACUGACGUGAUCAUGGGUGUCACUAUCACAAAUAACAAAGAUCUCUAUGACCAGCUUAAAUUUCUUCAAAAUUCAAUGGGUAUCGUGCCGGCCCCAUUUGACUGUUACCAAGUAACACGAAGCUUAAAAACUUUAGCUUUGAGGAUGAAACAGCACAUGAAGAACUCCCUAGAAGUUGCAAAAUUUUUAGAAACGCACCCAAAAAUCGAGAAAGUUUUAUAUCCCGGACUGCCUUCUCACCCUCAACAUGAGUUAUACAAAAAACUGGCUUCUGGAUGUAGCGGGAUGGUAUCAUUUUACAUUAAAAAUGCAGCGCUUGAACAAUCUCAGCGGUUUUUGACUUCUUUGAAAGUAAUCACGCUGGCUCAUAGCCUAGAGGGUUAUCACAGUCUGGCGGCACUGCCGUCGGUAAUGUCGCACGGUGCCGUUCCUGAAGAUCAACGGAAAAUUCUGAACAUCACCCACAACUUGAUCCGACUAUCCGUUGGUUUGGAAGACAUCGAAGACUUGAUAGACGAUUUGCAACAAGCUCUGGAAAAAGUCUGAAUUUUAUUAUAAAUACAAAUCUGUAAAAUACGUACCACAAAAUGUACACUAUCUAUAUGUAUAUUUGAAAUAUUUUCGAUAAUAUAAUCACACGUUAUUUAAUUCAAA